AUGUUGUUGCAAAACCAACCUGACGUCAACACUCUGUUGCACAACAUGCGUGCACAGAUCUUGGCGUUAACUACGCAACUUGCCAAGAUGCAGGCACACCCCCCUGCAGCAACCCCCUUGGAGAAAGAUCACAAUUUGCCGAAUGGUGGAUCAAGCUCCAGAUUUGGAUCAAGGCAAACUGGGACAUUUUUGCUGACGACUGAUUUUGAGGUAGCCACUGCGGUACUAUCUCGACUAAAAGGACCCGUGGUGGGUCGAUAUGCCCAAGUUAGAAUGCAGGAGUGCUACACCCUUGGAGUGUGGCCUACCUGGGAUGAUCUCAAAGUCGAGACCAAAAAAUACUUCAAACCCCAAGCUGAGCGUGACUGGGCGCGUCAGCAGAUCCGUUUCUUCAAACAAGGAAAUAUGAGGACAGAUGAUUUCGUAACCCAGUUCCUGGCCCUCUCUAUCCAAGGGGGCUUAGGUAAUGAACACGCAGUAGAACUGUUGGAACACAAUGUGAACCCCCACAUUGCAGAGCAACUCUAUCUGCAGGAUAUGAGAAGUGACAACCUCUCCCAAGCAGCGGAGGAGGUUCAUAAAAUAGGUAGGGCCAUAGAGCUCUACAAAAUGCAUCAAGGUGGUGGGCCCACCACUAAAAACAACUAUUCCCAGAGGAGCCCUGGGUCAACAAACCAAAAACAUAAUCACUCUCAUGGGUUGCAACCAGGACGGGGUGCUCCCAUGGAUAUCGGUGCGGUCCAGGGUGGACAAAAGCGCAGAUUCACCUGCUUCAGCUGUGGGCAGGAGGGACACAUGGCCCGGGAUUGUACAAACGGAGCGCGGGCUGCUCACCAAAAAAAUUACCAAGGGCGCCAGAUGCGCCAAUUAGAAACAGAAAAACUGGAUGAUUGGCUCCAGACUCUGGCCGGUCGUUCAUACGACGAAAUCAGAGCUUUCUUCUAUGACCAACAGGUCAAUGAAAUGAAAGCUCAGGGAAAAGAGUUCAGAGCUUAG